CAAAGUUCGUGCCACAACAUGUGAGCAUAACAACACUGAUACAGAAAGUAAUAGUAGGUUAAAUAGUUAAAAGUAGGUUAAAUGCUGCCAUUUUAAGAUCAGGUAGUUACAGUAAAGCAGGCAGACAGAGAAACCAGUGCUGUGCUCAGGAGAGGGAGGGCCGGGCUGAUGAAUAACUGUGUUGGCAUUACAUUUUCCUGUUUCACAGGUAUAGCCCUAUAAUUCAUACUCAUUCAUACAGCAGGGGAGUCAGCUGCUCUGCCAUCACUGAGGACAGAAGUGUGACUGACCAGCUUCCCCUGAGAGAAGUAGAUACAAUGGCCUCCUCAGGUAACAUGUUACCAGAAAAACAGUUCCAGUGCACCAUCUGUCAGCAAGUGUUCACUGACCCGGUCACCACUCCCUGCGGACACAACUUCUGCCAGGCCUGCAUCCAGAAUGUGUGGGGCAGCAGUGAGGUCUGCCAGUGCCCCACCUGUAACAAAUCAUUCUCCCCCCGGCCUGAAAUAAGCAUCAACACAGCCUUUAAAGAACUAGCCGACACAUUUAGGAAGAUUAUAGUCUGUUCGUCAGCUUCAUCGCUGUCCGCUGCCAAGCCAGGUGAGGUGGUGUGUGAUGUCUGCGCUGUGACGUCCCUGCAGGUGAAGGCCCUUAAGUCCUGCCUGGUGUGUCUGACCUCGUACUGUGAAGCCCACCUGGAGCCUCACCAGAGAGUCGCCACCUUGAUGCUCCACAAGCUGAUCGAGCCGGUGAAGAACCUGCAAGACAGGAUGUGUAAGAAGCACGAGAGGCUGCUGGAGAUGUUCUGCAGGGACGAACAGAAGUGUGUGUGCCAGUUCUGCACCGAGACUGAACACAAAGAUCACCAGGCGGUUACAAUAGAGGACGAGAGUGGGGAGAGGAAGGUCCAAAUGAAGAAGACUGAGGCAGAUUUUCAGAAGAUGAUCCAGGAACGACAGAGGAAAGUGGACGAGAUCAAAAGCUGUCUGAAGCUCAGCACGAUGAGUGCGGAGAAGGAGAUGAAGGAGAGUGACCGUCUCUUUACAUCUCUGAUUCGCUCCGUCGAGGAGAGACAAACUGAAGUCCAAACAGAGAUCAAGGAGAAGCAGAAAGCAACAGAGAGGAGGACAGAGGAGCUCAUCAACGAGUUGCAACAGGAAAUCACUGAACUGCAGAGGAGAAACACUGAGCUGGAGGAGCUGAGGAACACUGAGGACCACCUGCACCUCUUACAGAGGUUGCCCUCUCUUACGACACCUCCACCCACCAGAGAGUGGAUGGAGAUCAGCGUCCACCGUGAACUCGGUGUGGGUAUGGUGAGGAGAGCGCUGUCUAAACUGGACGACACCCUGAAGAAUGAACUGGACAGUCUGAAGAAGGAAGAGAUGAAGAAGAUGCAGAAAUAUGCAGUUGACGUGGUUUUAGACCCAGACACCGCCCAUCCAAACAUCAUCCUGUCAGCUGAUGGAAAGCAGGCAGGCCGAGGCGAGCUGCUGCACAUCGUGCCUGACAACCCCCAACGCUUCGACCCCGUUAUCUGUGUUCUGGGCAAGAGAGGCUUCCUGUCUGGGAGGUUCUACUUCCAGAUUGCAGUGGGGACAAAGACCUUCUGGGACCUGGGCGUGGUCAAAGAGUCUGUCAACAGGAAGGGGAUGAUCACCUCCAAGCCGGAGAAUGGCUAUUGGACAGUGCGGCUGAGGAGUAGCGACGAGUAUCGCGCUUUGGACUCCCCUUCGGUCCUUCUUUCCCUCAAGGAGAAGCCGCAGAUUGUCGGAGUGUUUACGGAUUAUGAGGAGGGGACUGUGUCGUUCUUUAACGUGGAGGCCGGGUCUCACAUCUACACCUUCACUGGGUGUUUGUUCACGGAGAGGAUCUUCCCCUUCUUCAGCCCGGGUGUUUGUGAUGAAGGGAAGAAUACUGCGCCAUUGGUUAUCACAGCUGUUAAUCAUGAGACUUGAGGAUGAGCCUUUGACUGCGUUCUGAAACUGCAAGAAAGAUUUUGACUUACAGAACUGAUUCAGUAAUUAAAAGUAAAGUCUUGUUUUUUCGGAAUCUGUGUUUUUACUGUACAUACGCCAGCAGUUCUCAAAGAUUGUUGCAUCCCACACCCUCAAUACAAGGCAUCACAGCCUUGAACCUUUUAGCCCUAAUAGGAUCAGUUUUACAGUUGCUGAUGAUUUUGUAUUGAACUGUAGAAGUGCAACUACAUGGUGGGAAUGAUGCAUAUUUACUAUUUUCCAGUUUCCAAGUUUUUUUUUUUUUUGCACUGCAUGCAAAAAGAUGCAUUCAGAGCAACAAAGACUUGCCUGCUUUAUCAGCUGAUCCAUUACGGACAGCCAUUUCUCAUUCCCAGGGCGUCAAAUAUCGACGUUUUGUCACAGCCAUCGGCGUUGUAUAUAGACACACAAGGUAUCCUUUAGCGUUUGUAUGGGAAGCACAGGGCUGCCAGAAAGCCUUAAGUCAGGUGACGUAGUAUAAUGAGCGACAUAAAGAGCAAGAAAGUCUGGCUGUGGGGUGGAUGGAUGGGUGAAACAACACACGACUUUCACCCAGGAGACCAGGGUUCAUGACCCACGUAAAGCCAAAAGUUACCAUUGAGUUAUUAAAAGUUUUAAGUUACGUUACAUUAGAAGUCACGUUGUGAUGUGACUUAUGUUAAAUGACAUCCCACUACCUAACCAAGUAGUUUCUGAAGGCAUCUCCUACAGACACCAAAGGGUACCAUGUGUGUCUGCAUACAACGUUGAGGGGCGUGACAAAAUGUUGGUAUAUGACGCCCUGGCAAUGAGAACGGGUUGUUACGGUUCAGUAACCAACCCUGAUCCGUGGUAGUAAAGACACAGCUAUGGAUCAGGGUUCAGUAAUGAGUGAGUCCACAUUAAAUAUGAAGUACAGCUCACACCAGGACAACAUCACACACUCACAGACAAAAUCUUAAAACCUGAUAAAAACACAGCCAACCACAAUCAGAACACUAAAACACCAGCAGCUGCUUAAAUAAUCAAAACUUCCAAUAGAAAGUAGACCUAUAGUGAUAAUAGUAAUAGACAGAGGAAAAUUUUAAUUAAUUAAAAGUAAGUAUUUUAAACAAUAUGUAUUUUCUUUUCAAGUUAGUAUUGCCUCUUUAACUACACUCAAUAUCGUGAUAUGUGCCCUGUUUAAUUUGAAUGUUAAUCAGGGUUAUUUAUAUUAUUAUGCAUUGGAUUGAUCUCAAAUGAAACAAAAACUAUCACAAUUACAAAUAAAAUCAAAACUAUUUGCAUUACUAGUGAGCAAAUAUGUUUUUUUGGUGUGAUUUAAGGAAACCUUUGGGCCCCAAUCCCACCUCAUGUCAGUAAGUACACCAUAAUGCCAAAUGCAAAACUUCAAUGAAUCAUCAAACCUGUGCAAAAUUAUACCUGACAAGUUUAUAGUUGUGUUGUGCUAUAGACUACAGGGUUAGGACAGCACUGUACCAUGUAUUAGCAAUGCAGACUUUUUACUGAAUUUAGACAUUCAUAAGCAUUCAGGGGGUGCUGAUUUACUUUAUGCUGAGCUGAUUACUGCUUUAACCUUAAUGGUUAGUUGAGGUUAUCAGUCUAUCAAAAACAUUGUUAGAAUAAUGCCUUGACUAGUAUGUUUCAAUCAGUGUUUCUAUGGUGAUUUGCUUUUUAAAUAAAGGAUUACUUGUUUUAC